AUUAAGGAAGUCGAUCGCAACCAAAAGACAAAAUUCUUUGAAUGCCUCCAAGCACUCGUAAAGGGCCGUCUCCCUACUAACGAGCAGCUCGAUCAUUUCUUGGCUAUGGCUCAGAACUCGCCUUCACUUGAGGCUCGCGCCCAUAUGCUCUCAGCAGAUGGCCGUGCACUCUACAAGGACUUCCAGGAGCUCAUGCGCACCACUCGUGGCAUCAUUUAUGAGAAGAACGAGCAAGAGCUUUUCCAGAACUUUAUCUACCAUUGUACCCAGGCUUCAACUUCGGCUUCCCAAAAUGUUCAGGCCCCUUCUCUCGACGUUGGUGUUUCCCAAAAGAAGGCUAAACAAGAAGGCCAAGAGACCUUGGAUAAUUUGGUUGCUGUUGCCAAACUUCUAACUACAAACGCUGAAUUUAGAUCCAUUUUGAACGAGCUGUUCCAGUUACUCAGGGAGGUUUUUAAUGAAGGUGCCGAUAAGGUUGCUUCUACAGCUCAAGGGGUAGGCGAGAGGGUCUCCAACAAAACCAACGACCUUACACAGAGCGCGACCUCCACAAGUGCAUCGGGCGGUUCUCGGCUUCAAGAUAACAUUAACCGUGUCACGGAUAAGAUCCAGAGCGUGGCCCUUGGUGCAAAACAGGAUCCUACAGCCGUCGCUCAAGAUACACGCCAAGAAUUCAUGGACCAUUCCAAUGCCACAAUGGAUUCAGCUAGGCAGCAAACCCAAGACAUGAAACAGCAAUUGGCUAGACAGGCCCAGGAUUUCAAGGCCCAAGCUCAAACCCGGGCUUCUCAAACCCAGCAGGACGCCAUUAACUAUGCCAACACCAAGCUGCCUCCAGAGCAACGAUCUGCUUUGAUCGAACGACUAAAACUAGUCAUCAGUCAGAUUCAAUCUGAGCCUCAGUACCAAACUGCAAUUGACUCUAUCAUGAAUUUGGUCGGCAUUUGGCGCCAUCGUGCCAAGCAGCCUACUGGAAACAUCAGCACUGAAGCCAACAAGGUCGUUCACGAUCCUAAUGUUGAGGCAGCUAUUGUUGAGUUUAAAGUAAUACUCCAACGUUGGGCACAAGGUUAUGCUUUGGAUCCGAUUAUUGCCCACAUCCAGAACAUGUGGAAUAAGACACUAGUAGAUCCAGAACUGAACCAAUAUGUCAACAAUGUCUCAAAUUUCCUGACCAGAGCACUCCGUGAGCCGAACUAUGUAACCUCUCAGACGAUCAAUAAUGAUGGGUCUAUUUUGAUCGAUGAAGGCCGACAACUCUUAAACGUCAAGUACAAGUCUGACACAGAUGUUAUCAUGCGGGAAGGACAGAUUUUUAUUGAGAAGCUUAAUACGGAUCCUCGCUCCCAAGAGGUCUCUGCCAACUUCCAAAAAUUCGCUCAUGAUCUCUUUUAUGAUAAAAACGGAAAAUUAGCAUUCAAGCCUCACUUGUUUGAUGACUUCCGCUAUGUUCUCCUACCUUCCAUGAUGGAGUCCUUCCAGUUCAUCCCUGUCCCUCGUAUUGAAUACUCAGAUUUGAAGGUGGAUCUUGUAUUCGACAAUAUGAUCUUGACGAGUACCGAUUUGCUUCCUCGUCUGUUUGAGAUGAACAUGAAUAAUACAAUCCGUAUGGUUCCACGUGGCAACGCUAAUCGCUCGCUUGACACUAAUAAGCAUGACUUUAGCGUGACGAUCCAGGGUCUUGAGGCCAAUAUCCGUGAUGUUGAUUACUAUGUCAAAACCAAGGAGGGAUUCCGCUUCCAAGACCGAGGUAUCGCUGAUGUCUUGAUCAACAAAAAAGGCUUGGACAUCAAGAUCAUGGGCCAUAAAACGCCAGAGGAUCAAGAGACCCCUUCACUUUUCACGAUUGAAGACGUCAAAGUCAAAAUUCAUGCACUGUCGAUCAAGAUGCGCAGAUCGGAGCAUUCAUUCAUGUAUGCACUAGCUCAACCCUUUAUCAAAACCGUUGUCAAGAACGCUAUUGCCCAUGCUCUCGAGACGCAAAUCAAAGAGACUUUAUCAUCUGGUGAU